GAGAGGCCUGGAGAGCUGGACAUCGACCCCACCUGACCAGCGGACCACGGAGCCCUGAAGCAGCAGCACACCUCCGUACAUCUGUGAGGCAGUCCCCCAGGAAGAUUCAUCUUCAGUCUGAGUGGUGUGUGUUUGUGCCUUCAGUCUGAGCGGUCUGCGUUUGAUCCUCCUGGGUGUAAACAUGUCCAACCUAAAGGAAAUCUGUGCUGGUUUGCCCCUGGACCCUCUCCCUCCAAACUGCGGCAGAGACCCUGCUGUUCCUCACGCCCCUCUGCGCACCCCCAACCUAAGCCCCGAGCAAGAGAGGCUUGCGUUGAGGAAUUCCCUGCGUUACUUCCCUCCAUCUCUCCAUGCCAUCCUGGCACCAGAGUUUGCCCAGGAGCUGCGCCAGUAUGGGCACAUUUAUAUGUACCGCUUCUGCCCCACUUACAGGAUGCGGGCACAUCCCAUAGCUGAGUAUCCAUGUCGCACACGACAAGCUGCUUCAAUCAUGUUAAUGAUUAUGAACAACCUUGACCCUGCUGUUGCACAGUUUCCUCAAGAGCUGGUAACCUACGGAGGGAAUGGUCAGGUGUUCAGCAACUGGGCUCAGUUCCGGCUGGUCAUGCACUACCUGAGUUUGAUGACAGAGGAGCAGACGCUGGUCAUGUACAGUGGUCAUCCCCUCGGGCUCUUCCCCAGCCUGCCGUCUUCCCCGCGAUGCGUCAUCACCAACGGCAUGGUCAUUCCCAACUACUCCUCCAGAGAUGAGUAUGAGAAGAUGUUUGCCCUGGGUGUGACCAUGUAUGGGCAGAUGACUGCUGGAAGUUACUGCUACAUUGGGCCUCAAGGGAUCGUUCAUGGUACCAUGCUGACUCUGUUGAAUGCUGGCCGGAGGUACCUGGGCACAGAUGACCUUAGGGGUCGUGUGUUCGUGACCUCGGGCCUCGGGGGCAUGAGUGGGGCGCAGGCCAAGGCCGCGGUCAUUACUGGCUGCGUGGGGGUCAUUGCUGAGGUUGAUGAAACACCGCUUAAGAAAAGACACGAACAAGGCUGGCUUAUGGAAAUCACCUCUGACAUAGCGCACUGUAUACAGCGCAUCAGGGAAGCCAAGGCAUCCAAGAUGGCGCUCAGUUUGGGUUACCAUGGCAACAUCGUGGACCUGUGGGAGCGCCUGUGGCAGGAGUAUGAGCAGACCGGUGAGCUGCUAGUGGAUCUCGGCUCUGAUCAGACAUCUCUGCACAACCCCUUCAGCGGAGGAUACUACCCCGCCGCCCUCAGCCUACGCCAGGCACAGCAGCUCAUGAACACCGACCCGACACGCUUCAGAGCUGCCGUCCAUCAGAGCCUGAAGCGUCAGGUCAGCGCCAUCAACCGGUUGUCCCAGGCGGGCAUGUUCUUCUGGGACUACGGCAACGCUUUCCUGCUGGAGGCACAGAGGGCAGGAGCUGAUGUAGGGGCAACUACAGGUGGGGCCACAGAGUUCAGAUAUCCGUCCUAUGUGCAGCACAUCAUGGGGGACAUAUUCUCUCUGGGCUUUGGGCCGUUCCGUUGGGUGUGUACGUCAUGUGACCCCGCUGACCUCCAGGAGACUGAUGACAUCGCCAGCGCUGUCCUGGAUGACAUCAGCGCCACGGUGACGGAGCGCGUGCGGCAGCAGUACAGGGACAACAUCCGCUGGAUCCGAGAGGCCGGGAAACACAAGAUGGUCGUUGGUUCCCAGGCGCGCAUCCUCUACUCAGACCAGAGGGGAAGAGUGGCCAUCGCCAUGGCAAUAAACGAGGCCAUCGCCAGUGGUCGAGUCUCGGCUCCUGUUGUGAUCAGUAGGGACCACCACGAUGUUAGUGGAACAGACAGCCCCUUCAGAGAGACGUCCAAUGUGUAUGAUGGCUCUGCCUUCUGUGCAGACAUGGCGGUGCAGAAUUUCACAGGCGAUGCGUUCCGAGGAGCCACCUGGGUGUCCCUUCACAAUGGGGGAGGAGUCGGCUGGGGUGAAGUGAUGAAUGGGGGCUUUGGCCUGCUGCUGGACGGCACAGAGGAGGCAGGGAAGCGAGCUCGCCUCAUGUUGAACUGGGACGUCUCUAACGGGGUGGCAAGGCGCUGCUGGUCGGGCAACUCCAACGCCUACGAGACGAUCCAGCGCACCAUGGAAGACCAGUCCCAGCUGCGCGUCACGAUGCCCUUCCCCGUGCAGGACGAGCUCAUCCUGGACCGCGCUCUGCAGGGAUAGUGCGCCAACACAGCCGAAGCAACAACGGCAUUUCCACUCAACCACUGGGCUACAUUUCCACUCAACCACUGGGCUACAUUCACAUUUUACCAUCCAUCCCACUGUCACCUUUUUAAACCACACUUACUAUUUACCAUUCAUUCUACUGUCACCUUUUUAAACCACACUUACUGUUUGGCACUCUGAGAUUAUUCUGAAUGAAGAGUGCAUUACAAAUUAAAUGAAUUAUUAUUAUUAUUAUUACUAUUUACAUUCAUUCUACUGUCACCUUUUUAAACCACACUCAAAUAUUGUUAAUGGUCAUUAUCAUUGAAAGAAUGAUUCUGUUGGCAUGAAGCCUGAGUUCAGGACCGGAGUUUACUCAGCCGUCAAAGAUCACACGCAUUGGGAAUUUGAAUUCACGUUCUGCUUUGACUUUUAUGAAAGAUUUAGGCUGCUUCCUAAUUUAAGCUAUGGCUUAAUGUAUUUUGAAUAAACUUCCUACGGUA